AUGGCGGGAGAAGUAGCUGCCUUGCUCGCAUCCGGUUUCGUCAGCAUCGCCAAAGAUAAGCUGGGCUCUGCCAUCGCAGAGCAGGCCAGUUUGCUGUGGAACUUCGGCGUCGACCUGGAGGACAUGAUGGUUGUUUUUGAGACCAUCUCAGCUGUGCUGGAGGACGCCGAGAGGCGAUCAGUCAAGGAGAAACUGGUGCAGCUAUGGCUGAAGCGGCUCAAGGAUGUCGCCUUGGACAUCUCUGACCUGCUCGAAGACUACCAAGACACUAGCGACCAAGCAAACGCAAAGAUACACGGCGAACGCCGUGGUUGGAAAAUUUGA